UUGCCACGUGACGGUCACACGGCGUUUGACACAUGAAGGCCGUCGUAUUGCUGUUAUGCGUGGCCCUCAAGUUUUGCUCGGCCUUUCACUUAGCGAGAGGUUUCCGGCCAUUGGCAGUAACCUGCCCUAGAAGGUAUGGCGAUGGACGUCGAUCAGGGGAGAGGUUCGGUGUGGGACGACUCAGCAGCAGCGCACACGGCGGCCGUGGGAAGAGCGUAAGGGCUUCCACAACCAUGGUGGAGAGAGCGGAUCCUGAUCGCUACGUUGCUGCUAUAGCCACCACAGCUGCGGCAACCAUCGGAGCAAUAGCAUUUGGUGCCGGCGUGAACGAGGCCCUUGGAAUUGACAAAGCAUUACAAUUUUUUGCAGGUUACGUGGUCGAGAUGAGCCUUUCCGUCGACAACCUGUUCGUCUUCUUACUGCUGUUCAAGUUUUUCAAGGUGCCGUUUGACGCCCAAAAUCGUGUCCUCACGUAUGGUAUUAUUGGGGCGGUGGUGAUGCGAGCCAUUUUCAUUGGUCUUGGUGAGGCGACCAUGAGCGUGUUUCAUCCGAUCCUCUUGGGAUUCGCGGGGAUACUUCUUUACUCCUCCUACACUUUGUUGUCCGAGAGUGAGGGCGACGGGGACGAAGAUUUGAGCGACAACAAGCUCAUUGCCUUUGCCUCCUCCACCCUCGAUGCUACAGAGUCGUACGACGGGGACAAGUUCUUCACUAUGGUUGAUGGCGUUCGUCGAGCGACCCCACUCCUCCUGGUGCUGGUGUGCGUCGAACUAAGUGACAUCGUCUUUGCUGUGGAUUCGAUUCCGGCGGUGUUCGCAGUGACAAAGGACCCGUUCAUCGUCUACACUUCCAAUAUAUGGGCAAUUCUCAACCUGAGAAGCUUGUUCACGCUGCUAGCCAGCGCCGUUGAGGAUUUGGUGUAUCUCCGCCCCGCUGUAGCCGCCGUAUUGGGCUUCGUCGGCUGCAAAAUCGGGGGUGAAUUCUUUGGAUACAAUGUAUCAACCGAGUUGUCUCUAGAAAUCAUCACGGGUGUGCUGGCGGCCGGAGUGGCAGCAUCGUUAAUUCUGCCUGGAGAAAAAACCGAUCCCACGUAGAAAAGUGGUGCACAACCACGUAAAAUGUACUUGAAGCAAUUGCUUAAACGCUUAAACCAUGAGUAACAAAUUUUAAUACACGGGAAAUCUGCCCUUAACAAAUAAUGCAGCAUCCGCCGUGAGUGGCGAAUGUCGCCUUGUUUUUGUCGCGAUAGGUGAGGAAGUCCACCACCUCUUGCUGAAAGUCGUCGACACAAGUGUAUUCCCAGCCAUCGUAAAUUGCCUGGUCUUCGCGAGAUAGGACAACCUGCGAUGUUUACGAUGGCAACAAAAUCAGCGGAUACGUUUCAUGAAACAGUUGAUACUUUCGUCAAGUUUGUGUGGGUUAUGUGCCAGGUGUGCCAAAUCGUCUUAGCAUGGUGGGAUCGAUAAAUGCAGACACGCCAGUUGUUGAGUGCUUACCUUUGAGUCAGUGUCCGCGAAGCUGCCGAUAGAUCUUUGAGGUGCCGCAUUGAUGUCCUUGUUUGGAACGUAGGGGCUCUCCACCUGAUCCAUGACCAACGCGUCACGGUCCAAGUUCCCGAACCAUGGAUGCGCCAGUAUCUCGUCCGCGCCCGUGCGUCCGAGCCUCUUUUGUGGAUCCUUCAUCAUCAGUUCUGUAUGCACCAGGAACCAAAUGUUGUUCAAAAACACGUCGAAUACGUAGGUGCGUUGCUGUAACAACAUCGACCACGCUAACCAGCUGCCCAAUGGAAAACAUGUCGAAUAGCGA